AUGAAGUUGAAGAAGGGGAAGGAGGAAUUUUCCCAAAUUAAUUGGAAAUCUAAAAAAUUGUCAGAACAAGUAAAUUCUUCAUUAAAUCAAUCUAUUUUGUUAUUAGCUAAUAUUAAAAUAAUUCAAAUACCUCAAACAAUUAAAAUAAAUAAAAUAAAUAUUUUGUUUAAUGAAUUAAAUAAUUAUUUUAAUUAUUCUUCUUUUGAUGAAUUUAAAUUAAAUAUUUUAAUUAAAGAAAAUUCUCAAUUAAUUAAUAAAUCAAAUGAAGAAAUUAAUUUAAUUAAUAAAUUAAUUGAAGGAGGAGGAAAUAAUUCUUUUGAAAAAAUAAAUGUUUAUUUAAAUAAAUCACAAAAUUAUUUUAAUUUGGCUGUUAAUGCUUUUAAUCAGACAAAAAAUAUUUGGAAUGUUUUGAAUGGUUUGAAGGAAUUUUUAAUAUUAAAUUAAAUAAAAGUAUGUAUGUAGGAGAGGAGGGGGGAUUAAUAGGGGAAGGGGAGAGGGGAGGAAAGGGAAGGGAAGGGAAGGGAAGGGAGGAGGGGGGGGGGAUUAAAUGUCUAAAAACAUCCCAAUUAAUUAAUUUAAUUAAUUAAUUUUUAAAUAUUUAGAUCCAUCUUUAAACAACAAAACCAAACAAUUUCAAUUAAAAACUACUUUCCAAAAAGAAAUUGCAAAUUCUGAAAUUUUAAACAAAAAUUUAACAAAAUUAGAAAAUAAAUUAAACUUAGCAGAAAAACAUUUAAACAGAACACAAAAACAAACAAAAAAAGCUUUGAAUUGGGCAAAUAAAGCCUUCGAAAAUAUUGAAAAAUUAAAGAAGUCAAUUAAUCAAUUAAAUAAUCAAACAAUAAAAAUGGAAGAGAAUUUAAAUAAUUUAAAA